CACAUCACUCUCCCCCUCUCUGUAUGUGUGUGUAUAUAUAUAUACAUAUUUCGUUGUCACUGGCAUUUCUGAUCUAGGGUUGCUUUUGCUUUCUUCAUCCUCAGCCGAAAGUUCAAAUCUUUCUCUUCUUCCUCUUCUUCACCUAGGUGAUCUUGUGGGUGCUCCCUGGAAAUCAGGAAAAAUGCAAGGGGCAGUUAAUGCAUUUUUGUCCCAUGGAAAUUUGGUAAAAAAUGCUGUUUUGCAACGAUUCCGUGUUGCAAAUCCAGUACUGAGGCCUAUUUUGUUUUCUCGUUUUGAGUCUGUCUCAUCUGCCCGUAUGGAAGAGCAAAGCUUUGAAAGCACUACCAUUUCUGACAUCUUGAAAGCCAAAGGGAAAGGUGCUGAUGGCUCUUGGCUUUGGUGCACCACUGAGGACAGUGUUUAUGAUGCUGUCAAGUCGAUGACACAUCACAAUGUUGGAGCCUUGGUGGUUGUUAAACCUGGAGAGCAGAAAUCAAUUGCAGGAAUUAUCACAGAAAGAGAUUACCUGAGGAAGAUUAUAGUCCAGGGAAGAUCAUCCAAGUCUACAAAGGUUGGGGACAUCAUGACUGAAGAGAACAAGCUUAUUACAGUCACUCCGGACACUAAAGUUCUGCGGGCAAUGCAAUUGAUGACAGAUAAUCGCAUCAGGCACAUUCCUGUCAUUGAUGACAAGGGAAUGAUCGGCAUGGUCUCCAUUGGAGAUGUUGUCCGUGCUGUAGUGACUGAGCACCGGGAGGAGCUGGACCGCUUGAACGCUUACAUUCAAGGAGGUUACUAGAUGAUGACGACGACAAAGAUGAUGGAAUUCCAGGGAUGUGCUUACCGUGCGAAGAUCAGUAAGCAAAGAUCUUGUAAAUAUGGCAUGUGUGUGUCUCCAGUUAUGUGGUAUUACCUAUGGUAUCAGAAUACCUGAUGUCAAAUAACAGCUUGUGAACUAACUGGUUCACAAUAAGCACAAUCAUCUUGCUUGAGACCUUUGUCUGUACAUGUUUAGAUGAUUGGUUGUAGACUGGUAAUGUCAAAGACCUUCUGGAAAAAUAUCUAAUUUUAAGUCUUGUUUGUUUUAUCGAAAA